AUGAAUACACAUGUUAUUGAUUAUAAGUUUGUUUUUCAGCUUGUUAAUCACCGCCUUAAGAAAAAAUAUCCAUUUAAAGACUUUGCAACUAUUAUGAAACCAGUGGUUGCAUAUGCAAUCCUAAACAUUCCUGUUGAUGAGGAUGACAAAUUUGAAAUUGGUAAUAAUAAAAUCUCUUAUAUUGAUCUCGCGUCAAAGGGCAUUAUAAAUUUGGAGGAUACAUGUGAUGAUCCUAAUGAGUCCUAUGUACGUAUGCCGUAUAUAUGGGUUUGGAUAAUAACAUCAAUCAAGGAAUUCAAAGCAGGUCGAUUUUGGGAUGUUAUGAUUAAUCAUAAAUCUCAUACCUUGUGGCAGAGUUUUGAAGAAUUUAAUAUGCGAUUUUGGGUCCUACGUCUUCAACUUUUUAAAGAGUUAAAUGAUUCAGUAACAUUACGAGAUCUCUUCAGAGGUGCAUAUCAUAGUGAUCAAGGAAUCUCUCUUUUGGAUCUUGAAUUUCGGCUCCCUACAGUAAAAGAAUAUUACAUAGAACUUACAAAUCGAUAUCCUUACACAAUGAACAAUGAGCACUUAUUGCUUGGCACAGUAUUUAAGAAUGACGAAGGAGCCCCAUGGGAUAUCUUUCUUUUUCUGGAUGAUUACCUUAUUGCCAUUCAGGUUAAAUCUUCAAAUGCCACAGCUGGACAGCCCCAAACCUUAUCUAAGAGAAUAGUGGAAUGCGAGUACAAGAAAGUUAAAGAUGCAUUUGAGGUUAUGGAGAAAUCAUUUGAGAUCGAAAGUCCCAUUAAACAUUGGGUCCUUUUUAUCUGCACCAAUGGACCUAAGACAAGAAAUUGUUUGGAAUCUUUAGAAAGAAAUUGUUUCGUAAUAGAUCGUGAAAACUAUAAGCACUUCUAUGGGUAUACUUUUUCGACUCGUGCUGAAUUUUCGGCAGAUAACGACCAAUUGGAUGCAAAUAUUGCGGAGGAAUACGAAUUAAGAACAAUUAGUGGAAUAGGAAAUGCAAUUGCAUCUGCCAUCAAGGAUAAAAGACCAUUUGAGGAUGAAAAUGAUCUUUAUGAUAAGGUUAAAAACAUUCCUAUGGAGGCAAGAAAAAAAAUCAAGGUUACGAAAAAUGAAUAG